ACUCGAGAAGAGACAGAGAAAUAAAAGUGGUGAUUCUGGAAUGGAGGUGUUCGAAAAGGCAGAGGUGGUGCGUCUGAGGAGUCACCACAACAAAUAUCUGUUGGCAGACGAUGACAAAGACGGUGUUUACCAAGAUCGAAAUGGGACAUACAAGAAUGCAAAAUGGAGCGUGGAGAUCGCGGAUGAUUCAAACUGGAUAAGACUCAAGAGUUGCUAUGGCAAAUACUUAACAGCCUCCAACAUGCCGUUUUUGUUAGGCGCCACAGGGAAGAAAGUGACUCAGACCCUUCCCACAAGGUUAAACUCUUCUUUGGCCUGGGAACCCGUGAGACAAGGUGCACACGUGAGGCUCAAGACACGUUAUGGACAGUUUCUGCGUGCCAACAAAGGCUUACCACCCUGGAAAAACUCCAUCACCCACGAUAUCCCACAGCGCACAUCGACCAUAAACUGGAUCCUCUGGGAUGUCGACCUCGUACAGCUCCGACCAGCCCCUCCCAAACCUAUUUCUCUCCAUCCUCCCAUCUCAGAAUAUCCUUCUCAUUCUCCACCCGAUGAUGAUGAUGCCUCCUUCAGUAUACAUCUUAGGUCUCCUGAUCUUCCCACAACUCAGGAUCAAGAGGCUGUGUCACCGAUAAAAGAUGGAAGGAUUGUAUUUUAUAACGUGGAACAACAUGGGUAUGCUUCUAAGGAGAGUGAAGAAAAAUUCUUCUCAUUCAACGGAAGUAGCGUGGAGGAUUUGAAGGAGAAGUUAAAGGAAGAGACAGGGUACGAUGAUAUUGUUGUGUGCUGCCGCAACCCGUUCAAUACCGAACUUCAUCCCCUUCGUUUACAAUUACCUCCUAACAACGCUGACAUGCACGUUGUUGUCAUUACUUCUUCCUGCAAUGCAUAAACAAAUGACGAAGAAGAUGUUGAGCAUCACACGUUCACCCAUUGGUGGAAAUGCACCGUGAAAAGAAGGGUUCGACUCAAAAUCCAUGUUCUCACUCCAAGAAGAAAAAGGCACCGAGAAGACGAAAGUAGAGAAAUCGAAACGUUAGAAACACCAUGAAGAAGUAAUGUUUCUCCUUCCGUCUUCGGAAUUCAAUAUUCUUUCUUCUGAAAUCUGUAAUUUUCUUCCUCACCCCACCCAUAUCCAAUUGUUGUAGAGAAUGUAAAUAUGUAAAUGAUUUUUC